UUUUAUGGAACAUCCAGACUCUUUUCUAAUCUCAUGGUCUAAAGAAUAGCAGGUCUUAUUAUUGAUGUUAGUAAUUCUAAAAGUUAUAUACAGUGCUAAAUGCUGUCAUAUGGAUAAUCUCAUUGAGUCCUCACUACAGCCUUAAGGACCAGACCUUAUCAUCAUUCUCUUCUGCAGAUCAGGAGACUAUAGCUGAAGUGAAUAACAGCCCGAGAAGACCUGUUAGCUUCAUCUGGGUAUCUGACCGCCAGCAGUGAGGCUCUCCUUUGGAUCUGCAGUGUUGACAAGGUCCCCUCCUGCCUUCUUAAAAAUAGGCUUGUUUCUUUGAGAGGAGCCUCAAAGACAACCACCAGCCACCCAAGAGCAUUCAGAAUGAGUGACAACACGACAUUGGCUCCUCCAACUUCAAACCAGGGUCCCACCACCCCACGCAAAGGGCCCCCCAAGUUCAAGCAGAGGCAGACUCGUCAGUUCAAGAGCAAGCCUCCUAAGAAAGGUGUGAAAGGGUUUGGAGAUGACAUUCCAGGCAUGGAGGGGCUAGGAACAGAUAUCACGGUGAUCUGUCCCUGGGAGGCAUUCAGCCACUUGGAAUUGCACGAGCUCGCUCAGUUUGGGAUCAUCUAAGGCACCAGGGGUUUUGCCCCCUCUCAACAGCAUCUGCUGUGACUUUGAUUACUUCUGCCCUGCUGAUCUGCCAGAGUUCUUGACAUGCAGCUGCUGAAAGUGGUUUCUUUGGUUUGCACAGUCAUUUCCCAUAAGUCACUACUAAAUGUUCUCUUAGUGUCAGACGCCCAUGCAGUGUAGUUAGCUCAGAAUAGUGGGUGAAAUCAACGUUUGAUAGGGCAUUUCAAAUGUUUCUACUUUGUCCUAUCAGCUAGUUAGAAGUCAUCACUAUUUCUCUAAAGUUGAAUCCUUUAAAUCUGUCUUUGCUCAGCAUUCAUGAUAAUUGGUGGUAGGCUUAAGAUACCAUUUAUGUCAUUCCUUGCCCCUUUUUCAUUUAAUAAAGGAGCUAUUUACCUUGAAUCUCAUGAUAAGUUCUAUUAAAUGCUAUAUGCAAAUAUAUGAUGCCCUGUUCUGAGAACCAGCGAAAUAGAGAAAGCAGAGUCACACAAGAAAUAAGGACAGGGCAUGUGAAAGAGCAUAAGGUUAACACUCAAGUCCUGAUUCUGCUUUGUAACUUUGUAAAUCAUGAGCUUUCUGAGUCUAAAUUAUUUUUUCCUUUUUAUGGCAGCACCUGCAGCAUAUGGACAUUCCUGGGCUAGGGGUGGAAUCAGAGCUACAGCUAAGGCCUGCGCCACAGGCACAACAGCAGCAGAUCUAAGCUGAAUCUG